AUGAGUCUGUUAGAUUACGGCCGCCAGGAUGACCUGUGGCGUGGGGAUGAUUAUCUGUUUCAUCACGAUCGUCCGGAGAGCGUCCAGGGUCAGUACGCCUCGUUGAAGGAGGAGGAGACGCUGCUGAGGCAGGCCCGAGACCGGCUGGCGCGUGGGAACAAGAGCACGCAAUUAUCGCCGUACAGGCCAAGUCGCGAGGCCUACGCGCGCUGGCAGGCGGCGGUGACGAUCCAAAAGAUGUGGCGCGGGGCUCUGGGGCGACAGAAGGCCAUGGAUAGGUGGAUUGCCGUGUAUCAGAUCCAGCGCUUCUGGCGAGGUGCGCUGGUCCGGUACAGAAUGGCGAGGUGGCGGGGUCGCCCGAUCGGGCCGGUGCGAAAGGAAAAGGCUGCCAGGCAACGAGCCAACGAGCGGGAGCUCGCGAGGCAAAAGCGGGCGGAAGAGCGGGAGCGAAGGAGACUUCGAGAGAACGCGGAGGUGAAUGCGAUCCUCGCGCGCGUGGAGAGCGUCAGGCGCGGGGUCAUUCAGACGCCGUCGGCGAGCGGCACCCCGAGAUCGUCCUACGGCGGCUUUGCCUACUCGCCCAACUCCACCUUCGGUUCCGCGCCUGCCACGGAGGAGCCGGUGACGCCGACGGCGAUGGUGCUAACGCCGACGUCGACGAUGCGGUCAGAUGCGCCGUCGAUAGAUCCGAUGCCCGGUCAGACGAUGGAGGUCCCGAUACAGAUGCGCGACGGCUCCGUGCAGAUGCUCCCGGUGAUGGUCAUGCCGCAGGACUCGGCGCACAGGAAGCAGCGCAACGCGUCGGUCGAGGAGACGGCGAAUUUCCUCAUGAGCCUCGCCAGCAGUAAGGCCUCAGGCAUCGGGGAGGUGGAGUCCACGAAGUUCUUGAUGGAGCUCGCGGAUCGGACCCUGAGGAUGCCCACGCCCGACGUGGACCUCGGCUCGACGGUUGCGUCCACGUCGAUCUCGUUGGCGUCGCCGGGUAGGAACGCCGGGCUCGGGGAUACACCGGCGACGCCGACCAAGCCCACGCCCCCGCCCGCGGCGAUGAGCGCGCGACGAUCGCAUCCAGGGAGCCUCAGGGGGGUGUACCAAAGAGUGAAGGAGAGGGCUUCGGGCGACCCGAGUCGAACGGCUGAUGGGGACGCGAGCGGUGCAGGUGCCGCGCGACGCGAUUCGUUCCUCUCGGUGCCCGAGGGUCCGUCGAGCGCCCCGCCCAGCGCGAGCCGGCGCAACAACAACCUCCCUCCCGACAUGGACGAUUACGCCACGUACGUGUCGCCCGAACCCACGCCGCCGCCGCAGCCGCAGCGACGUCCCCGGGAGCGUUUCGCGGAGGCGGUGGAGGACGCGACAAAGGCGGCGAAGGCGCGGGAGGUCACCGCGAGAGCCGGCGAAGUCGCCGCCGCCGCCACCGCCGCCGAGUCGACGUCUUCGCCGGAAGCCGCCAAGAUCGCGGAGCUGCAGGGUCUGAUCGCGGAGCUCGACGCGGUCCAGCGUGAGCUCCUGCACGAGAUCCACGCCGAGUUCCCCGAGGUUGAAAGCGCGGCGCGGCGAUCGACGCGUCGGCCGCCGGCGGCGCAGCUGUCGGCGCCCGGUCCGCCGCGGGAGAUAUCGUUCGCGCCCACGCCCAGCCCGGUCCGCGCGAUGCGCGAGCGGCGAAAGGCGGCGGAGGAGGAGGACGCCAUGGAACGGUACGCCGCGAUGCUGGCCGGGACGAUGGAGAGGGAGCGAGAGGCGGGCGGCGGCACAGCUGGCGGCGGGGUUUCACCGGCUCAUUAUGACCCUAAACCGGCUCAUUCGGGCAGGGCUCGACCGGCCGCGAGGUUCACGCCCGCGUCCGCGUCGAGGCGAUCCAGCCUCGGGUCCGUGCACGGGUCCGCGGGGGCGACCCCGGCGCGGCGGCGGCCGGGUUCUCGGGACCCCGGGAUGGCCGCCGCCGCCGCCGCGAGGCGUCGCGCCAUCGAGGUUGAGGACGAGGAGGAGGCGCGGAUAUCCCAGAGGCUGGGUCGGGUGUACCUGGCGGGCGAGAGCAGGACGCGACACGCCAACGCCUUGGUGUCCAAGUACGCGGUCAACGGGCGCGCGGGCGAGUCGAUGGGUGAUUCCGGGAGGCGCGGCGGGGCGGCGCGCGCGGGGAGUCGGGGAUCGCCGGCUUCCAUCUUGGACACGCUGAGGUCGGAUGCUUCGGACCCUUACGAGGCGUACGAAUCGCACUCCUACAGCUCGCACAAGCCUGCGGGCAUCGGCAAUUUCUGGGAGAUUAGGCAAGGAAUCGCGAGGGAGUUUCACAGCGGACACUAG